AUGUCACUUCACAAAGCGAGAGGGUGGACGCCUGCCGAGCCGGUGGAGGCAGCAAAGAGGGUGGGGGUGGCGGUGGGGGUGGUGGCGGGGGUGGGGGCGUCAGUGGCGGCAGUGGAGGCGGAGGCGGCGGCGGCGGUGGCGGUGGGAGCGGAGGUGGCGGAGGUGGCGGCGGUGGAGGUGGCGGCGGUGGAGGAGGCAGCGGCGGAGGAGGUGGAGCUGGUCGGGGUGGCGCUACGCAGAGGGUCCGCUUCGGUGGUGGUACUGGUGAGGCUGCUGCUCUAG